AUGUCUGGAGUUACGAAGGAGGAAGAAUCGGGUAGUCCUAGUUGGGGUGCUUCGUUUUUAAUGCAGACAACGGAAGAUGUGGCUAAAGCGGUCGCUGCUGCUAUGAAUACUCCAAGGCCGUCUGUUAUUUAUUCGUCGAAAAAUGAACAGGGUGGUAGUCAACUUCAAAGGCUGCAGUAUCAAGUUACGAAAAUGAUAAAAGGGUUUUCUCGUCCUCCUGAAGUUAAAUAUGCGAAUUAUAAUCCGGAAAUCUUGACGAGUCAGAAGCGUCAAUGGGCUGCUAACUUUCAUUUGCAGUACAAUGAUCACAAGUCUUGGAAGGAGCCAACAAAGUUGUUUGAAAGUAUGGUGGUGUUUAUUGGUGUUAUCCAAAGAUUCAGUUACUUAAUGGCCAUCGCUCACAGAGUUUUCUAG